GCUGCCGAUUUGUUCCAAGGACAGGUGCUGAGGCGGGUGGCAAGUCCGACUGCGCGCUGACGGGAGCCCCCGGCUCAGGCCCGGUCGGUGGGCGCGGCUGCCGGGACUUCCUGCCGCGAGGGACGCAGCCGCAGGCGUGGCUCUCGGCCCUGCACCGAGGGACCGAGGGACCGAGGGACGGAGCUCGGUCUCACCAGCUGGGGCAGAGCCUGCGCCUGGGGCUUCUUUGGGGGCUCAGGGCUGGUUCUCCGGGGGCCUAGAGCGCGCCCCGGCCUCCGUGCCCGCUGGUGGGCUCUGGGGACCCAGAGCCGCUGGCUGGCACGUGACAGGGGCUACACUGACUCGGGAAGAGGAGGAACUCCUGAAGGACAGCGGCCCGCCCCAGGCCCCCUCCGCCUGGGCCGCCGGAGGACUCCGGACACCAGGUUCCUCGCCCCAAGCGCAAAGCCCCUUCCGGAUAAGGCGACUGGCAUCCUGUUCAAAGAUGAACUGACUCCACAGAGCAAGCUGGUAACCACUGUGUGGUCUCUGUAGCGCACUGCUCCUCCCUUCAUCUCCUCCUCUGGAUUCUUGUCUUCAGCACACUUUGUCAGUGUUGGUGUUCUCGUUACUUUCUCCCAAGAGAUGUUUGUAGUUAUGGCGGCUUCCUCGGAGACCAGGGAACGGGACCUGGAAUGUGACGUCUCAGGAGAGACCAUCAGGAACUUCAUGGAGGCACUCCAAGCUGCUGGGCAGCUGUCAGCAGAUAAUAUCUUACAAACCCUCAAGUUGCUGGAAGUCAAAGUCCUGAAUAACAGGAUGACAACUUCAUCACGCCAGAAGGUGACGGACACCCUUGUGGACUACCUGCGGGCAGUGAAACCAGAAGGAGAACUGGAGGAGAUGUGUGUUUCAGUAUUAAUGGCCCUGGGGUCCCAGUCUCCAGAAAUGGUCAUCGUCAAACUGUGGGACAGACUGCAUCUGCACGACCUACCCCCGAGGAGCCUCCUGGUCACAGUGGGGAAGCUGAGCCUUGGCCAGGGGGUGGCCCCCUACCUUGGUGCCACGUGGGAGCACAUCCUGUGCCUUCUGAGGAUGGCCCAAGAGGAGGAUGACAUGUUGGCGAUAUGUCAAGCUCUCAGUGGCUUGGUCAUCAGUACCCGGAAGCAUCUGGAUCUGGGCUCUAAAGAUGAUGAAGUGAUGGACAUCACCCCAGAGGCAGUGUCCAUCAAGGCCUACCACACCCUCCGCAUUCUCUUCAACCAUUGGUCUCUGAAGAACAAGAACAAGGUGACUGAGCAAGUCCUGGUGAUAGCUGGCCACCUCUUCUUCCUCAUGCCACCGUCCAAACUCAAGAACCAAGUGAACCAGUUGAUCCAGUGGUUAAUGACUUUGAUAAGUACAGGAGUGACGCCUUUCUACAUUUCCCAGUGUAUCUGCCAGCUUGUGGACGCUCUGGCUGUCAGCGGCCGCGGGGGCGUGAACUUGGAGUCCCAGCUGGAGAACGUCGUGCCCAUGCUGUUCACGCAGCUGCACGAAAAAGUCAACACGUCAGAUCCCUACUCCAUCCAGAGCCACGGCCUCGCCAUGAGGGCUUUCUUCAUCCUGACGAAGUUACACAAUGACCAGGUGGUACUGUUAAUACGAAAGACCCUGGAAUCCAAGGAUCCGGCCAAGAUAGUGCCAGCCCUUCAAGUGUUCAUGGAAAUAUUUCAGGAAGUGCCCCAGACAGAGACGCUCAAGCGUGAGGUGAUGCACUCCAUCGUUGUGCUGAUUCAGGAAGAUCUCAAACCAGUGCGGAAGACCCUUCUGAGCUUCCUUGAGAUGCUGGGCCGGCUCGGCUACCUGACCCUGUCCCAGGGAGACGUCGUCAUCGACUAUGCCAUCCAGCUCUGCCAGUCUGACCGCUCAAAUGAAGAGGACAUCCAACUAAAGUGUUCCAAAAUCCUACAGAUGGUGCCCUUGCCUAAGCUGAUCACCUUGCUGUGUCAGCCCAGCAACAGCCUGGCCUUCGUGCCGCUGAGUAAGACGGCCACGGAGAUGGCCCUGAGGGCCCGGACCCUGGGCCAGGUCCCCUACCUCAGCGGCUUCCACCUCCAGCCCACCCAGUUCAUCUCCCCACAGAAACUCCUGGUCCACCUUGUGAUGUUUUCCCUGAAACCCUAUAGAGAAAAGGAAUUUGGUGUAAGCUCGCUAAGGCUACUGAAUGCCUUGCAUCCUAUCACCUCGCUGCACCCCAUUAUCAACCUGGAUGUGGGCUGGCUGUGGGCAAAGGAGAUCCCCAAGAUGCUGCAGAUCCUGGAUGAUCACACCGAGAAGACCCUGAGUCAGAAGGAGUGGCAGGACAGGCUGCUCCAGUUUUCAAGUCAGUCUUUAUUGGCCAUCAGUGAUGACAACUGGCUGGAACAGCUCCUCAGAGUCAUCUUGGAGAGGAUAAAUUAUUUCAGCGACGAAGACGAGGAGAAGGCUUUCCUGUAUAAGUUAUUCGGCUUCUGCCUACGGACCGCACGGAACACGGAACUGUUGAAGAGCAUGCUUUCCUCCAUCCUGCAGACUGCCCACGAGGAACUGCAGGAGAGGGAGGGCAUCGCCGUGGUGCUCAGCAUUGUGUCCACGAAGCAUCUGAAGACAGCCCUGGACCACCUGCAGGCGUACGGUGCUGUCCUCACCGACAAGGCCUCAUCCUUCAUACUCAGACUGAUGAAGGAGCAUCAGCCCAGGGAGUGGGGGAUGGUCUGUCACACCAUCUACUUGUGCUACAGCAAGAUUGUCUCAGAGAGCAAGGCGGCCGCUGUCGAGCACUUGGACGCCAUCCUGGCCCUGGUCCUGCAGCACUACCGCCACUGCAUCGUGGAGAAGGACAAGAACCUGAAGCUGGACUACCUGGACGCUCUGACCAAGCUGACCGGGGUCCUGGGCAGCCAGCCCGCGGCCUUCCGCUUGGAGUUCCCCCACAAACUGGAGAUGGUGGCCUUCAUGGUGGAGCUCAUCAAGGAGGAGCCGCUGACCUCCAUCUCCAGCCCCAUCAGGCAGAAGGCGAUGAGCAUUGUCACUGACUUCAGGCAGAUCAGGCCCCUCUUAGAGGUGAAGGAGAGAGCAGAGCUGCUCCGGGCGUGCUACAAGAGUGUGUUCUGCCUGCCGCCCACAGAUGUGUUGCGAAAGGAGGCGUCCAGUCCCCGGGAGGCCAGUGCCAACGUGGAUCUGUUCAGGGAGACCCUGCAGUCCCUCCAAAAGCUAAUGGAAACACUUAUUGUCGAGAUGCCCACUCGGAUCCAGCACUGCUUGGAGUUCCUGGACAUGUGGCUGAACUCCCAGAAGGACAGUGAGCGGGAACGGGCCAUGUGGUGCACAGCCUGUAUUCUUGGCUUCACUGCAAAAAUGAACAACUUUGAAACAGAAAUCGAGUUCACCCGGCUGGGGCGCUUGGUGAGGCUGCUGGCCGUACGCUGCCAGGACCCCGUGGACAAUAUCUGCUUUCUGUCUGCCCAGGCCAUCUACAGCCUCUACUGCAUCCUCCUGCAGCAAAAGAAGACGGCAAGGAAAAAACAGGGCUUGUGGGAGGAAGAGGGCAGGAGCGAAGUGUACAGUGCCAGCGUGUUCUACAACAGCACUUUUGAGAUUGCCGAGGCGUUCGCAGAGUACUUCACCCAGAUGCAGGUCACCAACCUGGUGCUGACGGCCAUGGAGGGCCUGACCAACAGCAAGGCCAAGGAGUCUCUGGCCGCAGCCCAGCUGAUGAGUGGUGUCCUGAAGGAGCGGGGCAGAGAUAUGAUGAAGAUUGAGGAAGUUGUGGAGGGCAUCCUGGAAUGGCUCAGUUUGCAGCUGGAGCCCAGUACGAAGGAGGAGACCCUGCGGGCCAUGUGCCUGCUGGCGGGCAACAACGCCCACAUUGUGGUGCCCCUGCUGCUCAACAAGCCCCUGCCCUGGAACAGAACCAGCCUGUCGCUGUGGAAGGUGUUUGGCACCCAACGAGAGACCACAAUCGGUAUCCUGCAGGUGCUCAUAGGCGUCCUGGAAAAGCUCGACUCCAGGGACGAGACCGGGGAGAUGCCCUUCCAGCCUGUGGCGGUGGCCUGUGCGUUGUGCGAGAUGCUGUCAGGAUCCCUGUGCCAGGAGGCCGUGAAGGAACUCUACCCGCGGCUGCUGCUGGCUGUGCUGCAUCAUCUCUGCUGGGUGAUUGAGCAGAAGCCCCCCCAGAAGAUGGUGGUCUACACCAAGGAGGGGGGCCUGGGCAGCAAGAGCAAGCCCUUCGAUCCCACUAGCUGUGCCCUGGAGGUGGUGAAGCUGGUGCUGUUGGCAGCCGCGUAUGAGGGCGUGGUGUUCUAUGGAAAUCAGCAUCGCAGCUGGGACCUCCUGUCCUGCCCCAGAUUUUACUAUAUGGGGAUCAUGGACCUGACCAGUGCCAUGGUGAAGAACUGUGAGCCGGCCGUCCUGCACCAGCUCCUCAGCCUCGUCAGGAACUUCCUCUACAGCUUAGAUCACCGUUGGAAGACCCUGGCCAGGGCCUUGUACGCGCAGCUCCUCUGGCACCGGUCAGUGGCUCAGACUCUGGGGCACGACUUCCUGAGCAACCUUGUCAAGUGGAUCAAGGAGCCUGACCUUGUUAUGAAGGAAGUUGGGCUCCGGGGCAUCGGUAACCUGGCACUGCAUCCAGGACAGUCGGCAUCUCUGAAGAGCCUGGUUCCAUCCUUGAGAGACCUGCUGAAGAACGAGGUGCGCGUGACGGUGCAGGCAGUGAAGAGCCUGCGAAACAUCAUCUGCCACGGGCAGGCAGAGGACACUAAGGUGGUCUUCUGCAGCAUCUCCAAACACCUGCGCCCACUCAUCAACGAUGAGAGGGACCAGGUGAAGAUCUCAGCCACCUCUGCCCUGGGCCACAUGCUGCAUCAGGUUGACAAAUGUAAGCCUGGGCCCUCCAUCUGGAGGGAGAUCUACACUUUCCUGGUCCCGCUGCUGCUCAGUAUUCAGGACAACAACCCCGAGGUGGUCAAGGCCUGUGGAGGGGCCCUGACCGAGUGGACUAAAGUGAUUGGCUGGUCAUCGCUCACACGGACAUUCCGCCACACCACCCUCAGCGACCACAUCCAGGUAUUGGAAGAGACAUGCAAGUACCUGGUGGGCGCCAGCAGAAGACAGCUCUUGGGGGAGUUACUGUCCCAGAGCUUCGGCUUCCUGAAGAGCCCUCAGCCCUUCCUGAGGACGGCUGCCGUCAGCUUCAUAGAAUUAACAGUUAAAAGGAUAAGCAUGAGUCACUUACACGAGGAUGAUGUGCAGCUGUUCCGGAAUGCACUUGAGCGUCUGAGGGAUGAUCCUGCGCAGUCGGUCCAGCGUUCGGUCGACACCGUCCUGAAAAGGCUUGACGGGUGCGCCAGCGCCAGGCACGUCUCUGCGUCCAGGUCGAGCCAGCUGGGCAGCACCUUCUUCAAAGUCCCGCAGAGGAAGAAGCGACUGUUUAAGCCGGUCAAGUGGGAAAGAGAGGAUGAGGACCAGCAGGAGAAGAAGACCCCGAACUGGUUCAAGGCGCCGCUGAAUUUGCUGCGCGCCCGGCACACCAGGAAGGUGAGGAACUCUCCGCUAACGGAAGGCGGCGCGGGGGAAAAGACGGCCGCGUCCCAGGCGCCGAAGGCGCGAAGUCGGCUGGAGGAAGCCGGGCCCGCGCCCAAGUGAGCUGCGCCGGGGCCGCCCGAGUCUCUAGCGCUGUGGACCAAGGCCUUUUCCCCUUGUAGUCCGGAUGCCAGGGCCUCACUCCCCCGUGGGCUUUCCCGCCUCUUGUCCGACUGGAUGGAUUAAACCCCAGGAGGCAGUUUUGACCUUGGAGGAUCCAGUGCGUGGCUUGUCCUCUGUCUCCCUGGGGAUUGUUGACUAUCAGCAUAUGUAUUUGUCAGUAAAAUGUAUUUUCUCAUCCUGA